CACCGCGAGCAGCAGCAGCGACGACGACCAGAAGAGCAAGACGAGCAGCAGAGAGAUACACGAACUCUCAAUCUCAUUCUCGACGUUUCUCUUCAGAUACGCUUCCCCUGUCGGUACAGAGAGAGCGAUAAGUUGCCAGCAGUCAUGUACUCGAAGGUGGUAUUUUUCGCCGUGGUCCUGGCUCUGGUCGGCGCAUCAGCCGCAACGGACUCAGCUGAAUGCACAGCCACGUUGUGUGAUCCGUGUGGUCCAGACAAUGUCUGCCGGUGGUUUAACUGCUCAAACGCAAGUCUCAGCUGUCUCAACACAACCCUGGUGCCAGAUAAUAGCACCUGCAUUCUAAACAACUGCUCAGCUUUCGUGACUUCGACCACUCUGCCUCCCACUACUGCCCCCCCAGCCCCUGUUGUCAGCACCACCAGCCCUGCUCCGCCCACAACAGACAAUUCAACAAAUUCCACCGUCGCUCCCACUCAGAGCGCUAACGUCACCGGCACUACGGCGCCGUCCUCCACCACGUCUGGCAACGUCACGCAGACCACCCCGAUCGCCCCCUCCCCCGCCCCUCACAACAACACAUUCGACGCCGCAAGCUUCAUCGGUGGGAUAGUGCUGAUCCUGGGCCUGCAGGCCGUCAUCUUCUUCGUCUACAAGUUCUGCAAGUCCAAGGAUCGCAACUACCACACCCUUUGAAGCGGCCCGGUCACUUUUGGACCCGCAUCGUUCGAACCGCUCCCCGCCUGCAAUGGACUCAAACAGUGUUUUCAAGCAGGUUUUUUUCUGGAUCUUUGAUGUUUGUGCCAUUUGUGGUUUAGGCCUGCAUUAGCCCUGCUGUUGUAGUAUGCAUUGAGAGAGACACACACACACACACACACACACACACAGAUCUAUAUGUAUGAUAAUUGAGCUCUCCAGUAACUUUUUUUUAUCACAGGCAUUACAUAAACCUGUGGUUACUCCCACCGUCAUUGUGCCCUUGGUUAUCCUUCAAAAAGCAUUUUCUUUGCAGGAAAUUGAGGAGGCUUGUGUUAUUUACAGCCCCUCUCCUCGUGGCCUCCUCAAUGAAAUGCACCACGAGAGUGUUAAAUAAUUAGUCAUGUACCCACAGUGGCUUCCCUGCCGGUGGUUGAGGAGCAGCACGGCCUCAGGCUGGUAGCCUCUACGUCUUGUUUAUUCUUUUCUGCCUCGAUUUGGAAGCACUGUUUGAGUUCACAGCCGCUCUUGGACUUCACGACGAUGAUCCAGUAUUGCUUUUAGCCCGUUGAAUCGUGAGCAAUGUCCCUCCUCCUCCGAGCUGCUGCGUUGUGUAUGUGUGUUCAUACGCGACGCAGAAGUUGUGGGGUCACAUAUGAGGGAAUAAAAGCAACACCCAAUCGUCUGAGGUCGUAUUAAAAAGUAAAUGGCCGUCCCUGUGGGAAGUCUCCCGUGGCAUUUAGGAGUGCCGUUUGUUUUUCACCUAUUACUAAGAAGAAGAAAAAUGUUAAGCCAACUGCCAGCAGAGCAGAUGAAUGCAAUAAAUCCCACAUCUAGUUAAUUUUCCAUUGUUUUAUCUCCCAGUUAUUCCCUCUUUAUCAACUUUAAGACGUGUAUAGGCUUGACUAACAACGUCAAGCUGGCCCUUUUUAGCCGAAUUUCUGUGGGGAGGUCGAAAAGGACCCGUGGGUCGAAAUGAGAGACUGUCUAAUAUUUCCCAAAUGGCCAUAAGUUUUAAUAAUGUUUAGUACAGAGGAUGGGGAGAUAAAGGAAAAUGCACCUUCUUGACAGUGAAAGCGGUAAAGUGCCUUUAAUGUCCAGUGUGACUUUAAAGAGAGUAAAGGAAGAGGACGAGCUUGUUUGAGGCCAAAGUGUUGUCAUUGUUCUUUUUUUUUUUUUUUUUUUUUAAAGAAAGAAGCGGUAUAACUGCGCCGAUAUUGAUGAGAAUCGUUGUAUCCCAGCUGGACUGAAGAGCCUUUUAUUUUGAAGAACGGAGAAAAUAGUUGUGAUUCGAGGGCCUUGGUCACUCGAGAUAUAAAACGAGGACUAUAUUCAGAUCAUGCAACCUACGGUCUUAUCACUGGUGACUUUGUAUAAAUGAAUAUUUCAAAGUGCUCUCCCUCUUUGUAGCACCCAAUAAUGCGCCCAAACAUCCUCUCGUCUCACCAUUUAUGUUUCAGAACAUUUGAGAAAAUGAACGAUGAGUCGCAGGAUGUUUCUGGUCGCUGUUAGGUGCUUUUUUAAUCAGGGAAUGUAACUUUAAAGAAAUGGCAAACCUAUUGGGCUUAAUUUAAAAAGGUGAGUGUUGCAGAGAGUGCAUUGAGGUAAAAAUGUUGGACUGUUUGUUUGUUCCAAUGAGCAUUGCGCCUCUGAUUUCUUACUUUGCCGUGUAAAUGAGAGGAUUGUGAGUGACGUGCAGAACUGCAACAACCAAGCAGCCGUGCCAGAGCCUGUGUCACAUUCUCAAAUUAGCUUGCUGCUAACUUUUCCAAAUUUGUCCCUCCUGUACAUAGCCAUGUCCUGUUUUUAACUUGUACUUGAGGAAAGGCUACACGAAGGAGUGUUUCAGUCAAAAAUGUUUUAUUGCCUUCUGUUUGUUGCAUGCUGGAUGCUUGGAGUUGUGACUUCUCCUCCCAUUACGUUUGCUCUUAAGGAUUUAGAUAAUACCACUUGAUUCAUUGUGAUUAGCCAAUAUGCUAGAGGAAAGAAUGCCUUGAAACGGUGUGCUUUGAGCCAAUGCCCUCAGUUUUGGCAUGGAAAUUGAGCAUUGCACCGACGAGCUUUGUUUGUAACUUUGUCUUUGUAAAUGUUUUCAUGCUUCAGCCCCCCCAAAAAAAUCAGAUGUUGGUUGAAAUACUCAGUUUUGACUAUUUACUAGAUAAUGGAUGAAUCGUCUGUAUGGCCACAUACCGAAAGAAAUGUACAAGUGUGAAAAUGUUUAUUUUCUUUUUCAUUUUCUUCUUUGGCUUUCAUAAUUUUGGAUAACGUGUAUCCUGCUGCUUACCGUUGACACGCCUUUUAUUAACCUGCUGGCAUUAGGCUACAGCCCAAAGACCCAGCUGUGGUGGAAGGAAAAAGGAAAUUAGCUCCAUUGUUUCGCAUCAGCUGUGGAGAGCCUUCGCCCCAAAUCGAAGAGAAGAGCGUUUUAGUCCUAGCUGUUGAGUGGCAUGCUGCGUAACCACCGUAAUGCAGUCAGAGGGCUGGAUGCUUUCGACAUGGUGGCUGCAUUCCAUUAGCCACAGCAUCACGCGCGCCGACAUUGUGAUGCGUCAAUAAAACACCUCUGGUAUCCACGCGCACCAGAAGAAAUCCAUUGUGUUGCCUCGCCGCAGCUUCAACCAAAAGCUGCUAGCUCAAGUCAGUGCACCACUUCAGGAAAAGUGCCUUAUUCAGUUAAUGCCCAUCUAUAGUCGGAGUUUGUAAAAUAUGACCUGACACACUUAUCAAACAACGGGACUCCGCACUUUCAGACCCCCGUGAAGUGGUUUUCUGUGUUGUAUUCUGCUUUUUGUCUUUUUUUUUUUUUUUUUAAA